AAAUUCAAACAACGCGUGCACCGAUAAAAUAAAAUGCAACGCGUGUGUCGAAAUGUAAGCAAAGUAAACGCGUCUCGGUAAACUUGUAAAUCCACAACAAACAACGUUCAAGGUCCGUUCGUUUCACAGUAUGCCGUCGCGGUCCGACCGCCGCGCACUGAUGUGGGUCACGUCACGUCAUCAUCAUUUAAUAUAUAUUCUAAACGCACAUUAAGCUUCGCUUGAAAGAUUUACUUGUCAUUUAUUUCAGUGUGCAACACCGCUAACCGCGCGUUGCCCGUCGCGCUGUGGAUCGUUGGCAUCGUAACAAUAUAUAAAUAUUACGCGCGCAGCGAUGUCACAAUAGCAACGCAUUAUCGGUUCAUACAUAAUACGAGUUUUUAUCAGAGCAAGGGUCGGUCGCUGAGGAAUUUGUUUUCGUACAAUUUAAUCGUGUUGAUAACGGUAUAACAGCAGGCCAGUAGCGCGACGCUGACUCGCCGACCGGUCGUGUUCAUUCUGUGUCUAAUUACACAUUAAAAAUGCUCAAACUCGUCAGAGGUGUGCGCCGGCUGAGCGCGCAAUGUCGGCACAACAGCCACGCGACCGUCAUCGGCACCGAGCCAAACAGAAGCGAUCCUUAUUAUCAAGAGAAUAGGGCUAAAAUGGACGAGUUGGUCGACGAGUUGCGACAGAAAACUGCGAGCGCUAUCAAUGGAGGCCGAGAGGAGGCGGUGAAGAGGCACACGGCAAGAGGCAAACUGCUCGUCAGAGACAGGAUAGACCGGUUGGUGGACGAGGGGUCCGACGUUUUGGAACUGAGCACUCUCGCUGCCACUGACAUGUAUAAAGGCCAGGUUCCGAGCGCGGGCAUCGUAACGGCUAUCGGCAAAGUUUACGGUCGCGAUUGCAUGAUCGUGGCCAAUGACGCCACUGUCAAAGGUGGCACAUAUUUCCCUAUGACAGUAAAGAAACAUCUGAGAGCGCAAGCAAUCGCGCAGGAAUGUCGACUGCCUUGCAUUUAUCUCGUCGACUCUGGCGGGGCUCAUCUUCCGGACCAGGCUGAUGUGUUCCCGGAUAGAGAACACUUCGGCAGGAUAUUUUAUAACCAGGCUAAUAUGUCUGCCGAGGGCAUUCCUCAAAUAUCUGUGGUGAUGGGGUCAUGUACUGCAGGUGGUGCAUAUAUCCCAAGUAUGUCUGACGAGAGUAUUAUAAUCAAAAACCAGGGAACGAUUUUCCUAGCCGGCCCUCCUUUAGUGAAGGCUGCUACUGGAGAAUCUGUGUCAUCAGAAGAUUUAGGAGGCGCUGACUUGCAUUGUCGUCAGUCUGGCGUGACAGAUCAUUAUGCUCAAGAUGACGAGCAUGCUUUACAUUUAGCUAGGAAUGCAGUUUCCAAUUUGAACUGGAACAACGACCAAAGAACUAGAAUAUAUUCCCCAAAGGUAGAUGAACCUCUACACGAUAUCCAAGAUCUUCAUGGUAUUGUCGGAGCGAAUAUUCAAAGACCAUUCGAUAUUAGAGAAGUUAUAGCACGAGUGGUAGAUGGAAGCAGAUUCCACGAGUUCAAACAACUCUAUGGAGAAACUUUAGUGUGUGGAUUUGCAUCUGUUUACGGACAAGCAGUAGGUGUUAUUGGAAACAAUGGAGUUUUACAAUCGGAGGCAGCUCUGAAAGGAUCUCACUUCAUCCAACUUUGCGCAGCUAGGAAGAUUCCUCUUUUGUUCCUACAGAAUAUUACUGGAUUUAUGGUAGGCAGAGAGGCCGAAGCAGGUGGUAUAGCUAAGAAUGGAGCUAAAAUGGUGACCGCAGUGAGCUGUUUCAAGGGACCGAAGGUUACUGUCAUUGUAGGAGGCAGUUUUGGUGCUGGAAACUACGGCAUGUGUGGACGCGCAUACUCCCCCAGCUUCCUAUACAUGUGGCCCAAUGCUAGAAUAUCUGUAAUGGGUGGGCCUCAAGCUGCGACUGUUCUAUCCUUAGUAGCAAAGAAAAAGCUAAGAGAAGGUAAGACGUGGACUGAUGAAGAUGAAAAGAAAGUAAGAGGACCAUUAGAAGCACAGUUCGAGAAGGAAGGUCGUCCGUAUUACAGUACUGCUAGAUUGUGGGAUGACGGAAUCGUCGCUCCAGUCGAUACAAGGAAAGUGAUUGGACUGAGCUUAUCAGCAGCAUUGAAUGCUCCAUUCAGAGAUAGCAAGUUCGGUGUCUUCAGAAUGUGAGUCAAACGUUUACAUCACAGUGGUUUCUCGGUGUUAUUUACUUCGUUAUGAAUGAAACGGGUGACCUUUUGGAACAUGGAGGCAAAUAACUUGGUUAUGAAACAUAGUCGGUUCAGAAUGGAACGUUAGUUUUUGUAUUUUUAUAACGUAAUGUAAAGGAUACAGGUAAUUUUGUAUUUUUUUUACUUCUUUGCAGAUAAGUUAUUAUUGUCAUAUUUUAAAUAAAUGUACUUAACAGUAAUAGAGAUUACCUAUAUCCUCUAUUACUAGCCGAUUUUUGUAUAUUAAAUUGCAAUUAUAAAAAUCUAAACAUAUAGUUAUAAAAUAUUAAGCCGAUGGUUUUAAAUGAUACUGAAAUUAAGUCUAUAUCUUAUCUGGGAGAGAUAUUUUGUAUUAAACCCCAAUUAACGUAAAGGUAUACUGUACUGAUUAUUAUUUCCGCAGCCAUGAUAAUUCUUUUUAUCUAUACACUGUGUAUGAUAAUAGUAACUGAGUAUGUAAAAUUGAAUAUUUCGUACACAUUUCAAAUUAAAAUCGAAUACGUCGUCUGCUGUUUAAUGUAAUUAUUUAAAUUUUUGUUACGCAACAAAAACGUGUUCUGUGAUAACAAAAUGUCAGCAAGUUAUUUUUGUAUUUUAUUAGAGUGAUUAAAUCAUUUUUCCUUUAUAAAUGGUAUCUAUGCAAUUGUCUUCUUCGUUAUUUUGGGGAUGUGUAUUUUCUUAAAUUGAUAAUUGUACAUGUCUCCACUUUAUAAUUUCAGCUUCGUGGAAUCCUAUGUUGAAUAGAAUUGAGUUAAGAUUUUUUUUGCUCUUAUUUCGAAAUAUUAAUCAUUUUUUCUUCCCGUUUGCAGUAAUACCAAAUGUUUCAUAAUGCUGUGUGCCUAUUAUGUACUAUUAUAAAGCGCAAAUGAUGUAUUUACUAUUUGAAGAAUAUUAAUUAUACACUUUAUAUAAA